CCUCUGUUUUCCCCCUCUUCUUUCCUCCUCUAAAUUUUUCAUUGAUUUCCCCUUCCCCUCUCCUCCCCUCCCCUCCAAUCUCUCUCCUGGUUUUUCCAAUCGAAGCAAGCGUCUGCGAGAUCGCCUUAAGCUGCAGGAAUCAACCUCCAAAAUCGUUUCUUGAUGCUCUCCCUUGUUGAUGGUCAAUUGCCCCAGUUUGUUAAAGCUGGGAGAAUAUUUUAUAAUAAAUGGAACUAAUUUGUUUCUGGGAAUUUAUUUGCGUGAACAUUUACUUGGUUGUAGUGCUGGGAGAGCUGUUGCACACUGGUCUUGUUUGACACAAAUGUUAAUUUCUGAUUUCUUCUCAUCGUGAUUGCUUUAAGUAUGCCAGGCAUGUUCUGGGUGAUGCAUAGUCACUCAUCUGAUGGCAAUGAGUAUUCUUUUGGUUGCAUAGGCAAGUUUAUGCUUGUUGAUACAUGCCUAUAUGCUGUUCAAAUUCUCUACAAAGAUGUUAAAGAGCUUCUUGUUCCAAGUCCUCUAGAAGUACAGUGAUUUAUUCUUGUUUGCUGCUGAAAUAGAAACAUGGAGAAGUAUAAGUUCAUAAAUGAGAUUGGAGAUGGAACCUGUGGAAAUGUCUAUAAAGCACUCAACAUUGAAAACAAUGAAAUAGUUGCUAUCAAGAAGAUGAAAAGAAAGUUCUACUUCUGGGAGGAAUGCAUGAAUCUAUGUGAAGCUAAGUCUCUUCGGAAGUUGAACCACACCAACAUUGUCAAAUUGAAGGAGAUUGUUAGAGAAAAUCAUGAGCUUUUCUUCAUUUUUGAGCACAUGGAGUAUAAUUUAUAUCAGGUGAUGAGAGAGAGGCAAAAUCCUUUCACUGAGGGAGAGAUACGGAACCUCAUGUCUCAAGUACUACAGGGACUUGCAUACAUGCACAAGAACGGAUACUUCCAUCGAGAUCUGAAACCUGAAAACCUUUUGGUUACUCAUGAUGUAAUUAAAAUAGCUGAUUUUGGACUGGCAAGGGAAGUAACCUCAGAGCCUCCCUAUACUGAUUAUGUUUCUACAAGAUGGUACCGUGCCCCAGAGGUCUUAUUGAAGUCUUCAUUCUACACCCCUGCAAUUGAUAUGUGGGCUGUUGGCGCAAUUCUAGCAGAGCUUUUUAUGCUAUCUCCUCUUUUCCCUGGUGAAAGUGAGAUAGAUCAAAUAUACAGAAUAUGCACCAUUCUUGGAACUCCAGAUAGCAGUAUUUGGCCAGAUGGGAUUCUUCUCCCGCAUUCUACAUAUUUUAAUAUCUUUCAGUUUCCACCUGCUGAUAUCUGGGAUAUUAUUCCAAAUGCCAGCUUGGAAGCAAUUGACUUGAUCCUGCAAUUAUGCUCCUGGGACCCGCAAAGAAGGCCAACUGCUGAGCAAUCCUUGCAACAUCCCUUUUUUCAUGUAGGCACAUGGGUUCCAUGUCCUCUCCAAGAUCCAUAUCAACCAAAGAUAAAACAAGUUGGACAAUUACCAAAGCUUGAACUAAAGUUGUGGGAUUUUGGCACCGAAUCAGAUGAUUGUUUCCUUGGUUUAACAUUGGCAGUCCAACCUAGUAUUCCUGAGAGAGAUGCUGGGAAACAUGUCAUACAGCAACCAAGAGAGGACUUCUUGUUUUACAAUGGGUGCCAGGACCAUUCUAACCGAUCAUUGUUUUGGCCCCUGCUGUCAAGUGACCAAAACAUCAAUGAUCUAACAGACAUAUCUUUGCUACCAUCAUCAUACAUACUGAGCAGCCAAGCCCCUCAAUCUACUACUAUUAGCGUUGAAGAGUCAUCUGGGUUCACAUUCCCUUCUGUGCAGCCAACUCUACUGGACAAUGGUGCAUUUCGACCAAUGAUGUCAUUCUCUGCGCCAAUCCCAAAUGUUCGCUCAUUCAAGUAACUCCAUUUUGAAAUUUUAUACACUUUGCUCAUCCUUACAAUUACACGAGAUUGACGUUGGAGACAGUCAACUAAGCUGCUGAAUAGAUCUUGAAAGUGUCAAUUCUAGUUUUUGUUUAUUAUAGAGUGCUUUACAAAAUAAGGGAUACCCUUGUACAUAUCAGUGAAUGUUAUGGAACAUUGUCAAUUUGAUUGCUGAUGAGAUUCAUGGAUUGAACCUUUACAAUCUU